AUGGCUCGGCUACCGGUACUUACCUUCAUGCUAGCUGCAUUCGCACUCGCUCAGAAUCCCGGCGGAGAUCAACAGCCGCUCAGCGACGACAAAUUCGACUACACAGAAGCCUGUCCUGAUUAUGUUCAGUACUCCGCGUAUCCACAUCGUCCUUUGAGCGAGGGGCCUCUUGCGCUGCCUUACCAACGGCCCGACCCUCGAUGUCGAACCUUCCACUCGGACGCUAUCGAGAAAGUGAUAGACGAUUUGACAUCGCGUAUGAAAGAUCCAGAUCUUGCGCGGUUAUUUGAGAAUGCGUUUCCUUCCACAACCGAUACUACAAUUAAGUUUCACACCGGAGGUGCCAAGUAUAAGAGCAUAAAGGAUAAGAGAAGCACGUACAACGAGGGCAAAUGGGAGGGCCCGCAUUCUUUCGUCAUCACCGGAGAUAUUAUUGCAGAAUGGCUUCGUGACUCAACGAAUCAGCUUUCUCCGUAUCAAUCUCUAGCCAAGAAAGACCCAGCAAUCCACCAGCUGAUCCUGGGAGCAAUCAACACGCAGUCGGAAUAUGUCAUUGAGUCGCCGUACUGCAACGCUUUCCAACCGCCGCCCAUAAGUGGACUGCCAAUAAGCUACAAUGGCCAGGACGAUGCAGUCCAUCCGACGUACGAGCCAUCUUUUGUAUUCGAAUGCAAGUACGAGCUUGACUCUUUGGCGCAUUUCCUUGCACUGGGUAACGAUUUCAACGACCACACCGGCUCGACGGACCAUCUCACUCCGAGAUGGUACAUGGCACUGGAGACUCUGCUCAACGUCCUCGAGCAGCAGUCACAGUCAACUUUUGAUCCUGACACUGGACGUUAUCGGAGGAACGAGUACACUUUCAGCCGCCACACCAACAUUGGCACGGAAACGCUAAAUCUGCAAGGCAUUGGGAACCCGCUGAAUAACGGCACGGGUCUCGUACGGUCUGCUUUCAGGCCAAGUGACGAUGCUACCAUCCUUCCCUUUUUUAUCCCCGCAAACGCCAUGAUGGCUGUCGAGCUCAGGCGAACCAGCAAAAUGCUCAGGGCAGCAAAGCAGCAUGUUCUUGCUCAGACUGUAGAGAAGUGGAGCCAGACCAUUACCGACGGUAUCUGGGAGCAUGGCGUAGUGCGCCACAAGCACUUUGGCGAUGUAUUUGCGUACGAAGUCGACGGGUACGGGUCGUCCAUCCUCAUGGAUGAUGCAAACUACCCAUCUCUUCUCGCAUUACCGUUGAUGGGCUUCGUGGAUCGGGAUGAUCACGUGUACAAGAAUACGCGGAAGAUGCUUCUCUCGAAGCAAGCCAAUCCUUAUUAUUUGUCAGGGCGAGAAUUCCACGGUAUUGGAGGACCACACAUCGGACUGUCCAACGCCUGGCCAAUGAGCUUGCUCAUUCAAGCUCAAACAUCAGACAACGACGCCGAAAUACUCGACUGCAUUGAUCUUGUUCUGAAGUCCAGCAAGCUCGGCCUAGUACAUGAGAGUGUGGACGUAAACUCCCUCGGCUCCUACACCCGGAGCUGGUUCGCAUGGGCAAACGGUGUGUUCGCCGAGACGAUCCUCGACGUUGCGCGGAGAAAGCCGGAGUUGAUAUUCAAGGAUGACAAGCCAUACGAGAUAUAGCGUGCAUGAGGUAUGCAUGGGGAAGCUGGGGUGGUUUUACUAUGAGGCCUGGACAGAGAAGUAUAUGAACUAGGCAACUCGCUCUGCGGUCAUGCGUCAAUCAGCAUUGUAUAUAUACUGUAUUGAGGCAAGGGCAGGCCCGGCUCUACUGGAUGCCGAAGAAUCAACCUGAAUGAUAGACAUGCGAAUUUCUUCAUUUUGGAUCUCACUUGCUGCGGGCUGCUACUGACAUGGUAAUCGUCAC